CUUUUGAUUAGGCAGGGGGCAGGUGGAGGAGUGGCCAGCGUUGGGGCUGUGGAGAGCUGAGGACACAGUCCGUUGGAGUCACAUGAAGACCUGCAGGCCCGGGAGCUGCUGUCCUUCCACGAUGUGGUUUUUCGCCCUGGUCUUGGGCUCCCUCGCCCCUUCCACAGCUUGGGGGCACCCGCCUUCGCCGCCCGUGGUGGACACCGUGCAGGGCAAAGUCCUGGGGACGUACGUCAGCUUAGACGGGUCCCCAGCGCCGGUGGCCGUUUUCCUGGGCGUCCCUUUCGCCAAGCCUCCUCUGGGACCCCUGAGGUUCGCCCCUCCGCAGCCUGCAGAGCCGUGGACCUUCGUGAAGAACGCCACCUCUUACCCUCCGAUGUGCUCCCAAGACCCAGUGGAAGGCCAGGUGCUCUCAGAGCUCUUUACCAACCGCAAGGAGAGCAUCCCUCUCAAGUUUUCUGAAGACUGCCUUUACCUGAACGUUUACACUCCCGCCGACCUGACGAAGAAAAGCAGGCUGCCGGUGAUGGUGUGGAUCCACGGAGGUGCUCUGCUGUUAGGAGGGGCAUCCACCUACGAUGGGCUGGUCCUCUCCGCCCAGGAGAAUGUGGUGGUGGUGACCAUCCAGUACCGCCUGGGCAUCUGGGGGUUCUUCAGCACAGGGGACGAGCACAGCCGGGGGAACUGGGGCCACUUGGACCAGGUGGCCGCCCUGCGCUGGGUCCAGGAGAACAUCGCCAGCUUCGGAGGGGACCCGGGCUCUGUGACCAUCUUUGGGGAGUCCGCGGGAGGCGAAAGUGUCUCUGUCCUUGUGUUGUCUCCCCUAGCCAAGGGCCUGUUCCACCGGGCCAUCUCCGAGAGCGGUGUGGCACUCACCUGUGGCUUGGUCAGGGCAGACUCGAAGGCCGCAGCGCAGCAAAUCGCCGUCUUCGCCGGGUGCAAAACCACCACCUCGGCCGCCAUGGUGCACUGCCUGCGCCAGAAGUCUGAGGACGAGCUCUUGGAGGUGACGCUGAAAAUGAAAUUUAUCAGUCUUGAUUUCCUUGGAGACCCCAGAGAGAAAUACCCCUUCCUGCCCACGGUGGUGGACGGCGUGCUGCUGCCCAAGAUGCCCGAGGAGCUUCUGGCCCAGAAGCUGUUCAACCGCGUCCCGUACAUAGUUGGGUUCAACCAGCAGGAGUGUGGCUGGAUCCUUCCGAUGUUGAUGGAUUUCCCGAUCUCUGAAGGCAGGCUGGACCAGGAGACGGCCACGUCGCUCCUGUGGAAGUCCUACCCCUUUGCUGGCAUCUCUGAGGAGCUGACUGCGGUGGCCACAGAGAAGUAUUUAGGAGGGACAGACGACCCCGUCAGAAAGAAAGACCUGUUCUUGGAUUUGUUGGGAGACGUGCUAUUUGUUGUCCCGGCUGUGACUGUGGCCCGUCACAACAGAGAUGCCGGAGCCCCCACCUACAUGUACGAGUUCCAGCACCGCCCAAGCUUCUCCUCUGACAUGAGGCCCAAGACGGUGACCGCAGACCACGGGGAUGAGAUCUUCUCCGUCUUCGGGGCCCCGUUUUUAAAAGAGGGGGCCUCGGCGGAGGAGGUCCAGCUCAGCAGGAUGGUGAUGAGAUUCUGGGCCAACUUCGCCCGGGAUGGGAACCCCAACGGGGAGGGGCUGCCCCACUGGCCCGAGUACGACCAGAGGGAAGGGUACCUGCAGAUUGGCGUCGUCACCCGGGCGGCCCACAAGCCGAAAGAUGAGAAAGUGGCUUUCUGGACCGAGCUCUUUGCCAAGGACGCAGCCAAGAAACCACCCAAGACAGACCACGUGGAGCUGUGAGCGGGAGGCCCCGCCGCCGGCCUCAGAGACCUGGGGGACUGAGGCUAAGUCUGCCGGAAGGCGUCCGUGGGCCCCAGAGGUGGCGUACUGUCUGGUGGGAGUGGGCAGGGGCCACGGGGGGGGGGCUUCUGUACCCGCGGCUUCAACUUUGGAAAGAACGUUCUUUCCGUGACCAAG